GCCGAAUAUGAGAACCCUCUUGGCCUGUCUGGUCAUGCAAUGACCUCGCUCGUGACUAUAUGCCACUCUUCAAACAACUCUCAGACUUCCUCUCCGGCCGCACCUCCAGUCGACACCCCUCCUCCCCGCAAACUUCCCCCGAUCCUGCGCCCCCAUCAGAUGCGACCUCCGACCACAUACAGCGGACUGAGACGUCCGGCGCAUGGAAUUCCGGUUCGCCUAUAGAAUACGGAUCUCUUCAUACAUCUCCUGAAAGUCUUGAUCCGGUCACCACUGCUUUCAGCAAUGCCGAAGGACUUCGACAUCCUUACGAACACCGACCUGUACGUCCACAAUAUCGCCAGACCGUUCCUAGAUCAGAUUCAGGAAUGCGUCGCCUGUCUGGCGACACAACACAUGCCAAGUCGCGCCAGCGUUCCGAAGCAUACGAUGAACUUAGGUUGUUUCCUCCCAAUAAGUGGAAUGACCCCAGUGGAAUCCCUAUAGUGCCAGGACAAACAAAGAGCAAUAAGCCCAAGUCACCUUUCAGACCCGUGGAUACGAUAUCGAAAGGUCGAGACAGUGGACCGGUUCGUGCACAAGGAAAAUCGAAUCGCCUUCGGAACAGCCAGCCAGGAAAUGUCACAGGAUACGCAGGCUCUGAAAGACCCAAUAAACGGCGCCGCCAGGAUACCCUCGAUUCCAGCCGUGGAAAUUUCACAAAACCGUCUGACAACGAUGUUGAGCACCCCGCUCAGGAGGCGCCCCGCAUUGCCGGUCACCCACCACGUAUGUCUCCUACUUUGAGCCAGAGUUCAGGGAAGCAAAAGAAACAGCGGAAUAACAGACGCUCAAAAGUGGACGAGUACCGAAGCACUGAAAAUAUCGUGAGACCUUCCCGGGUACAACCAAGCCCAAAACGUGGUCCCUUACCCAACUUCGGAGCACCGUCCGAUGAUGACCGCGAUGAACGUUUCACGAAAAAUGCCACCAAAGAAAGACGGAGAAACAAUUCAUUCAUUGCCGACGUAGACUCCGGCGCCGAACAGGAACGACCCUCCAAACAUGAGAUUCUACAAAGCGUCGAAAUCAUAAAUGCGAAAUCACAGGAACCUGCAAAUAAGACAAUGAUGGGUCUGCUUCAUGAUCCGGAAAUCGCGGCAAAACCCAGAAGACGGGUGUCUGAAUCGCGGGAGAGUCCCGAUGAGCUUCAAGGGGCGGUAACAGUGCGGCCACCGCCCGCUCAAAUUGGAGACAAGAGAGCUGAGCUUGGAAGUCAACGCAUGACAGGCCGUGAGCACCAGUCUCAAGACAUCAAACCAACUCUUUUCGAAGCCUCCGGGCCAAGCAAGAAAGGGAAACGGAAGAACAAGAAGACCAAAGCUUCCGAAAUGUCGAACCAGCGAUCCUUCAAAGCGAAGCUCGUCCGAACUGGUCCUAUCGAACAGCAGGCAUCGGAUGGCAAGUCCGUCGAGGUUCACGUCGACAUGACAAAACGCACAAUCGCACUGUGUCAAGAGACAGAUUCGGAGAACGUUUUUGAAGCGCCUCUUUCUAGAGUACGACAGAUCCUGAAAGCAGAAUCACCAAAUAAUAAGAUUAGAUUAGUGCUAUCGAAGACGUCGGAACUCGAUAAUCGGAUCGAUAUCGAGUUCAUGUCUUUCACUGUGAAGGAGGAAUUCUGCUGUUUAUUGGGUGAGGUCGACGUUCGUGACAAGUCAAGCGAAUGGAUGGACAAAGCGUUCAACAAGGCCCAAAGAGAAACUAAACAAUCUACAAAUGGAAUUAAACGGCCAUCAUCGGAAAGCGGUCUUGAGCAAGUCCCGGACAAGCAGCGUGACUCCACGAAACGGGUGAAGCUUACGGACAAUCUGCGAGAUGAAAACGGGGUUGCCGCUGGGAGACAGCCGUCGCCGCCGGACGCCGCCUCUCGGGAACGUGCAAACCCCUCCCUUACUGCACCCAAGCCCAACAACUCGAACCCAUCGCAGCCUGAAUCAAGCCCAAGCCGUGUGUCGAAGAGCGCCACGGACCCCGGUGUGGAAAUUCCCGUGAAGAAGUCUGCGUCCAGCAUCACCACAAGAGCCAUGUCGCGUCUUCCUUCCGCGACUACUGUAGUGUGUGACGAUAGCGAUGAUGAAAAUACGCAGCCACCUUUGCCAGCUGUAAACACUGAAAAGUGGCACAAACCCCUUGUCUAUCCGCUGGUUGGGAAGAAGAAGGCCGAGGUGGAUGUUUACGACCUUGACCGACUGCGCGAGAAUGAGUUCUUGAAUGACAACCUUAUCGGGUUCUACAUUCGAUUCCUGCAAGAUCAUCUGGAGCGCACCAAUAGUGACGCGGCGAAGAGAGUCUAUUUUUUCAACUCCUUCUUUCACGAUACACUUAUGAAUGUCCCCCGAGGCAAGCGGGGCAUAAAUUAUGAAGGCGUGCAGAAGUGGACGAGGACCGUCGACAUAUUCAGUCAUGAUUAUGUCGUUGUCCCAAUCAAUGAAAGUGCGCACUGGUAUGUUGCUAUAAUCUGCAACUUACCACGCCUGCAGGGAAUUGUCCAGGAAGGGCUAGAUCCAAAUGAACCAACACAAGGCGAAAAAGUGCCUUCGGGGCCACCAGACAGUCAGGUGCAGGAGAUCUCUGAAACGCCAGAGCCGGAAAUAGCCACCAAUAAGGACAAGGAAGAAAAACAGGCCAACGGCUCAGGCCCUACGAGAGCGGAGUUAGCUAGGCGAUCUCUAGAAACUAUGAGGAUAGCUGAUGGGCCUGGAAAGGACCAGCCUGCAGAGAGUCCUGCUGCAGAUCAAGAGUGGCCUGAGCUUGAAGCUAGCCCAGAAGGGCCUUCCAAAACUCUCCCCAGUCUUACAGAGAACGCAACGACGCCCGAACAGCUUGAUAAGAAGGAAGCUGCUCACUUGCCCGAACCAUCAGCUAAGCCUCGCAAACAAAAGGCAAAGCGAGCGGGCCCUAGAUACGACGUCUGCCAGCCGAUCAUUAUUACUUUUGACUCGCUGAAUGUGCCCCGUUCGCCAACAAUAAGCUCCCUUCGUGAAUAUUUAUACGAAGAAGCCAAAUCUAAGAAGGGCGUCGAAAUCGACAAAGGCCUGAUCAAGGGUAUGAGGGCCCGGGAUAUUCCCCUGCAGCCCAACUAUUCCGACUGCGGUCUGUAUCUUCUGGCGUACCUGGAGAAAUUCGUCCAAGAUCCGGAUGUGUUUGUCAGGAAGCUUCUUCAGAAGGAGAUGGAUUCGAAAGACGACUGGCCUCCGCUGAAGUCCGGUCUCCUCCGACGGCGACUCCGCAAAUUCCUUGACAUGCUUUAUGACGAGCAGGAGCAGCUCAAACGCCAUGAGAUCAGUGACAAAGACACUAUGGUGAAUAAGAAGCCAGUCUGUUACCUACUCGGCAGUCCCGUGCUGGAGGGUGCGGAGAGCGAAAGCAAACGUUCACCCCGGAAAAAAGGGCCGUCGAAUGUCUCGGAGGACCUUGCUCAGGCUGUGAAUUCUGAACGACAGUCGCAAGCCGAAGCGGAAACUAGCGCGGGCCAGGACAAGCCUAAGGAGACCCAAAGAUCACCGGUAGUGGACACCAAAGAGUCACGGCACCCCGAAGCAUCUCCCGAGAAAGAUGUUGUCCUAGUCCCAGACAGUCAGCCGGAGGCAGCGCCACCUAAGACCAAAUUUAAACCAUCAAAGCCACGACGACAGAGUCCGGAGUCGGAGACACAGCCGCGCACCGUUGUCCACAACAAAGAAGAUGCUCCGGAGGGCGAUGGUCCUGACGACGGUGUGAGUGUUGUGGCAGUCGAGACCCAAGUACGAGGGACACCCACGAGGUAGUCAGCUAUGCACGUAAUAGUAACGAAAAGCUCUAUCUCUAAUACCUAUCUUAUGCAUUAUUUGCUUUGUUAUUUUCCUAAUCCGUGCCAUCCGCACGCAGGCGUUUCCGGAACACUGGGGAGGGGAGGGUUGAGUUGACAGUUGCAUUAGAUACCAAGCAUUUGCAUACGAGUGAUUCUGUGGAAUUCAAGACGAGGGGUGAAAUGUAUUGUAUAUAUCGAUAUGUGAUAGAAUCGGAUG